AUGGCUGUCAAAUCUGCUGUGAACCUUUUACUUUACUCAGUCGCCUUUGGUGGCGGUGUGAUGCACUCUUACAUCGUCUCGCCAAUUGCCUUCAAGUAUUUGCGUAGGGAAGAAUUCAGUAACUUGCAGAACAAGGUCUUCCCUAUCUACUUCAUUGGUCAGACUGCUGCUCCAUUAUUGCUUGGUGCCACUUCUCCAGUCCUCAGCAACGUUGCUUUGUCGUUGUUGGGGGUUUCGCUGGUUGCAGGUGCCUUGAAUUACUUCUGGUGUUUGCCAACCUGCCAGAGAAUCAAGGACGAGAGAAACAAAUUGAUUGCAGACAAGAAACACGAACACGUCGUUGACGGAGAGACAAAGCCGACCGAUGAGGUCAUUGCCUUGAACAAGCAGUUUGGCAUGUACCACGGCUUUUCCUCCAUCUUUAACCUCGUCUCCUUGCUUACGCUCGGUGCCUACGGAGUCUUAUUGGCCAGCCAUAAAUAG